CCCGCAUUACCCCCAGUCAGUAUGCAGACUGCUGACAGGCUCUCUUUCUCGGAGGUAGUCGGCGCUAUGCUGGGUAGCGAUGCUUUACUAUAUCUCGAGGAGGGGGAUUACGGCACUUACCGUCAUACAUAUUUGAUGCCUCCAUUGACGGGAGCUCGUACCCCGAUGACGAGGCCUGCUGGUAUGUCAUCCUCGGGCCAGGCCCGGGCUCGGGCUGCAGACGCCCCUUCCACCAGCGGGGCUGGGGCAUCUAGAGGUGGGGGUAGACCGGUUCCUCCGAUUCCGUCGACUUAUCCUCAUCUUGGAUGGCCAGAUAUGCCAACUGAGUUGAUGGCGUGGCAGUAUGGGGCUAUCUCUCCGACCCCAAUCCCGCUAGAGCCUUCGAUGCCCAGUGAUCGAUACGCCAUUGAUCCUGACUCACCGCUG